AUGGAAACUUUGGAUUCGGAUUACCUUGCAGAUUACUUGACCGCAGAGGCGCUCCAGAGCCUGGCGCUAGUCAAUGACGCGUCUUUGGGCACACAAGUAGCUCAAAACAUUGAGAAACAGGCAAAUUCAUUGGAUCAAAUGGAUGGAGAGGCCGAACACGAUACCAUGCAACCAUCUGGUAGUGGACCUGCCCAUCCUGGACCGUUAGAACUCGAGGGAUAUCCUGCGAUCAUGCCAAUAUCUCCACCCGUUUUGAAUCGUCCGAUAAGCCUGCGUAGCACCUGGGACGACCUGGUCGACGGCCAAUUCUGCACAUAUUUAUUUGAUCGACCGGAUUACCCAUUGGACGUUGUCGAGAUAUUUCCAGAUGAUGGCAGGAGAGAGGCAAUGGGUGCAUAUGUCUCCCACAUGCAGAAUGGUAUCCUUCCGCCGCCUCGGGACCUUAUGGCUCUUGUAGUCACACAAGGAGAUACAAGUUACUGCCCUUUUCCGAAUUGCAACUUCCAAAAGUCAAGAUAUGACCAUGUAACUGGCCAUAUCGUCAUGGAGCAUCUGGAAGUCAGAAUCGAGUGCGUGCACUGUGGGGGAGAAACGCGGCGCAAAGCCGACCACAAAGUCCAUCUGCUACGGCACGCCGGACUGCGAGAACGGCCUAAAUGUCCCGAAUGUGAGCAGGAUUUUGAUUCUGCCUUCAAUCUGAGGAGACACGCAGAGCGAACUCAUCCGGGAGGACAUCUGCGUCGAUCAGCUACGCCUCCCAGAGUCCAAGACUCUCCUUGA